AUGUUCAAAGCUGGAGCUAAGCCAGGACUUAUAGACUAUAAUAGGAGCAACUUCCGACAGUACUGGAUGCCUGAUUCCACUGGCAAGGAAUGCUAUCAGUGUGAAGAACGCUUUUCCACGUUUAGGAGGAGACAUCAUUGCCGCCUUUGUGGGCAGAUAUUCUGCGCGAAAUGUUGCAACAUUCAUGUACCAGGAUCUGCUUUAGGGUACAUAGGAGACCUGCGCCUUUGUCAUUACUGCGCAAAGAUGAUGGCACAAUAUCUCCCAAAUGAACAGGAACGUCGUCAGUCAAUUGAAGACCUUGAUAACAGCAGUCCAGCGAGUGCAUCUCCAGCACGUCAAGGAGAUUCGGUAGCUGCGGUGGGAUCGACAAUUUCCACGGUGUCAUCAGGUACUAUGCUAUGGACUGGACAAUCUGGUAUUGGUACAACUUUGGAUAACAAAGAAACCUCGUUCACUCAGUCCACGGGAAAACCUCCGUCUCUUUUGUGUGUGAAUGAACUAUACCUCCAGCAUGAAAAUCGACCCGAAGCAGAGGACAAUAUCAGAAGCAAUCUCCAAGAGGAAGAAGACUCUGGUCCCGACUGGUUUCGCAACAUGGAUCCUGACACACUUGUUCCAAUUAAAGAUGAUAAUGUGAGUUACUCGAUGUGA